AUGUGGAACGCAAAACUACGCCCCCUCCUGAUGCGGGAAACCCCCGUCCGUCGAGCUCUGUCGACCCUUCGAGGACGAAACGCCCAACUAGGUCCCCGCGGCAGCACCAUCAGAUCGUCAAAUUUAAGGUCCGUAAAAGGAGCAAAGAAGACGCCGCAACCAGAACCUGUAGACUCCGAUCCACAGGAGGCCGUUCCAAAUUAUGACCCGUCGCAGAAUACCCUCCUUUCUCCUGUUUAUCUUCCUGAGGACCCAAAUGGCGUUCUCAAAGAGAAUCACCCGGCGAUGAAUCUAUUGGCAAAUUCUGGGUUGGUUGUCCAGCGCCAGCUGGAGAUGAUGAAUGUGAUGAUCGGCUUCGAGCAAGCGAAUAAGUAUGUGAUUAUGGAUGCUCAGGGAAACCAUAUUGGAUAUAUGGCAGAGCAAGAGAAGGGAGUGGCCAAUAUAAUGGCACGGCAAUGGUUCCGUACACACCGAAGUUUUGUUACACACGUAUUUGACCGAUACGAGAAUGAGGUUUUGCGGUUCAACCGGCCCUUUUCUUGGAUAAAUUCCAGGAUUCAAGUAUACGAUCCUCUCGAUGUCGCCACAAGCACUUACUCCUCCUCAACCUCCCUUCAGAAUGUAACUCCAGGCUCUCUUGUCCAAGCGGAUGCUGCCUCAAAAACCCGCGUUUCGCCGUUAUCAUUCGACCAGAUGCGAGUCAUUGGCGAAGCCCAACAACAAUGGGCCCCGUUACGGCGCAAAUAUAACCUCUUCACCUCCCACCAAUCACCGAACCUGUCAACAGACAUGGGCACCCAGAUGCUUCCUCUAGCUGGAUCUAACCUCUCUCAGACACAGCAAAUGCAGCUUGCAGUUUCGAAUCAAGAUCAAACCGAAUUUAAUCAAUUUGCAUACGUUGAUGAGCCUUUCCUGUCCUGGGACUUCUCUCUACAGUCAGCAAAUAACCGUUUGAUCGGAUCAGUCAAUCGCAACUUUGCUGGAUUUGCUCGAGAAAUUUUUACAGACGCUGGUGUCUAUGCGCUGCGGAUGGAUGCUGCAGAAUUUGGCACUGAAGCUUCCCCCAAUGACGCAAAUGCGACUGGGAUGACCCUCGAUCAACGUGCCGUGAUGCUGGCGACGGCUGUCAGUAUUGAUUUUGACUACUUCAGCCGCCACAGUGGUUCGGGCGGACUUGGCUUUAUGCCGCUCUGGUUCCCCGGGCUUAGCGGUGAAGCAGCUGCUGGAGGGGCUGCUGGAGGGGCUGCUGAAGCUGGAGCUAUUGGCGAGGCUGCCGCGGGUACUGUUGGCAGGGGAGCGGUUGGUGGAAUGACCGAUGGCAUGGCAACAGGAGUUGCGGGUGCGGGUGCUAUAGCGGGAUACGAAGCCAUGCAAAGAGGUGCUUCAGGUGAUCAGAACAGUCAUUCUACUCUUACGGAAGACCAGCAAUGGUCAGAUCAACCUUACGAAAGCGAAAGCGCCUGGAACGAGAAAUCUUUAGAUGAGGAAACUUGGGAUAAGGAUCCUUGGGAUGGUGGUGAUUCUGACGCCGGGGGUGGUGAUGGAUUUGACUUUUUCUAA